CCUUUUCGACCGAUUUGGUCACACUUUGCACAGAAACGGAAUGGAGCAAUGGAGUCCAACUUAUUUUUAGUUUUUCUAUUGUCGUUUUCGAUAUGCUAUAAUGCAAGAGCGGAAAUCAGCGUUCGGCUGCUGGAAGAGAUUCAGGACAUAGACAUGGAGCCGUCCGCCCCCAUCAAUGGCAAGGAGCUGCCGGCGGUGCCACAGAACUCCGUGCAAACGCAUCCCAGAAGACACAUUAAGAGCAAGCGCCGCAUGAAAAGAAGAUACAAAUGCUACUCCUGCGAGCCGCCUUGCCAUGAUCCCUUGGAGUCUUCCCACACCUGCCAGAACGCCAUUCAGUGCUGGAAGUCCCGCACCCGCGAUGCCGACGGCCACGAAAAGGUGUCCCGCGGCUGCACCACCUCGUUCGAACAGCUGCCGCUGUGCCGGCAAAGCUCGCCGAACAAGCUCAAUGGUCCCAGCAAACGGAAUACGGACAACUACUACAGCCUGGUCUGCUGCAACGGCGACUACUGCAAUAGCGGCGACUUUCCCGAUCUGGCGCCCUUCGCCAGUGUCACUGUCACGGCGGACACCAACAGGAUCGGCAAGAUGUCCCUGGCCAUUCUGGGUCCCUUUUUGAUCAUCACUCUGCUGGGCGUAGUGGCCAUAUUCUUCAUCCGACGUAGCCAUCGCAAGCGUCUUCAUGCCUCGCGCACCAAAGAGGACCCGGAAUCGUAUCUGGUUAACGACGAGCUGCUGCGCGCCACCAGCGCCGGCGACAGUACUCUGAGGGAGUAUUUGCAGCAUUCUGUUACCUCCGGAUCGGGCAGCGGACUACCGUUGCUGGUGCAGCGCACACUGGCGAAGCAGGUCACCUUGAUCGAGUGUAUAGGGCGCGGCAAGUACGGCGAGGUAUGGCGAGGCCACUGGCACGGCGAGAGCAUAGCCGUAAAGAUAUUCUUCAGUCGCGACGAGGAGUCCUGGAAGCGGGAGACGGAGAUAUACAGCACCGUUUUGCUCCGCCACGAAAAUAUACUCGGCUUCAUUGGCUCCGACAUGACGUCGCGCAACUCGUGCACACAACUCUGGCUGAUGACGCACUAUUACCCGCUGGGCUCCCUCUUCGAUCACCUUAACCGCAAUGCCUUGAGCCGCAACGACAUGGUUUGGAUUUGUCUAUCGAUAGCUAAUGGAUUGGUGCACCUGCAUACAGAGAUAUUUGGCAAGCAAGGAAAGCCAGCAAUGGCGCAUCGAGAUCUGAAGUCAAAGAACAUUUUGGUCACUUCGAACGGAACCUGUGUGAUAGCCGAUUUUGGUCUGGCUGUCACCCACUCGCAUGAGACAGGACUAUUGGAUCUGGGCAACAAUCCCAAGGUGGGCACCAAACGCUACAUGGCCCCAGAAGUUUUGGACGAGAGCAUUGACUUGGAAUGCUUUGAGGCGCUACGACGCACUGAUAUCUACGCUUUCGGACUGGUUCUGUGGGAGGUAUGUCGCCGCACAAUUGCGUGCGGAAUUGCCGAGGAGUACAAGGUGCCGUUCUCUGAUGUGGUGCCCAUGGAUCCCAGCUUUGAGGAUAUGCGCAAAGUGGUCUGCACCGACAACUACAGGCCCUCCAUACCCAAUCGCUGGAGCUCAGACUCGUUGCUGGCCGGCAUGUCCAAGCUAAUGAAGGAGUGCUGGCACCAGAAUCCCAAUGUGCGUCUGCCGGCGCUGCGCAUUAAAAAGACUAUACAUAAGCUAGCGUCCGCGGACGAGAAGGUGCGCCUGGACUUUGACGAGGUCUGCGUUUAGCGGUUGUACUCGAGCCCUAGAGUUUAUAAGUUAGACUUAGCUAGAAGUAAGAUUCAUUCAUAGACGUUUUCGCAUUGCAUUUUCACGCACUAUUAGUUCGUAGGUGUAUUAUUCAGAGACAAGACCCUUGAGAACAUAUUUACUUUAUGUUUGAAACGCCUUUUUGCCUGACUUGGGUGCCUUCAACGUUGCCUUAAGUUUAAAUAAGUGACUACAACUAAUCUAGUUUAUAUUCAUGGGAUAUUAUCCGAGACAUGUUCAUUUUCACUCUUAAUUUCAUGUAUUCAUCGUUCAUCAAGUGCCAUUUGCAAUUGAGAAUUGUAAGACGCGUUAACUGUAAGCUCACUCUUUGAACUCGACACUGAAUUCUUGACUCUCAACCUUGAGCCUGUCCAAGCUAUGAUAGAAACAUAAGCUACACCACCAGCCACCAGCUGGUCAAGCCUUGAGCACUUGGUUCCCCACGCAUAGAAGCAUACACACACACACACCUACUUGUAUAUUGUACAAAAUGCAAGCUAUUUAAGUUUUUCAUAGGCUAGAAAUAAAGUACACGAAUAAGCAUAA